UUGAACGUUGUGAUUUUGAUUACAUCAGUAUUGUGUUUAAAAAAGAAAUCUAAAACAACAACAACACCGGAAAAAGUGCAGGAGCCACCUCGAAGACUUCCGCUUCCACUACAGCCGAGGAAAAUCGAACUUAACCCAAAAGAGUGUUUAAUAAAAGACGGUCUACAAACGGGGAAGCAUGCGUAUCCAACUCUGGAUGACAUCAAGAGUGAUUGGGGUGAUAAAGACGAGGUCCAGAAGGGGAGUGACAAAAACGAGCCAGCUGACGCUCGAAAUGCUCCAAAGACCGCUAAACCUACACCUGCCGUGGCUUCUAUGGAGGAUGUCAAGACAAAAGAUGAUGAAAAGAAGGACGAUGAUAAGAAGGUUAAGGACGCAGCUUAA